AAAAGAUCAUAUUGGAUUAUGCAAAAAGGCAAUUAUCUGAAGGAACUAUAAAAGCUAUCAAAGCCAUUUCCUGAUUUACGUAUCGAAAAAAAAAAGAACAAAGAUGAACACUUAAUAAGAAUGUAGGACAAGUUUAUCACAUCAAAAUGCCGAGAAACUACAAGAACCAGAAAUAUUCCUCUAUAAAAAGCGCCUGUCUACAAGGAUUUCAACUUUUCGAGGAUCCGGAAUUUCCAGCCAACAGUAAAUCUCUGUUUUUCAGCAGGAUUGACAAGGAAAUAGAAUGGAAACGACCAAAGGAACUUUGUAUGGCGCCAAAACUGGUUGUUGAUAGUACGAAUACAGAUUUUCUCCACCAGGGGGAGUUUGGGAACCCGUGGUUUGUCACUGCGUGUGCUAGUCUUACAAAAGAGAGGACACUUUUUAACACAGUAGUACCAGAUCUCAAGAACCAGGAGUGGAAAUACAAUGCCGAGAAACCAACCUAUGCUGGUAUAUUCAAAUUCCAUUUAUGGAGGUAUGGGGAAUGGAUCGAGGUGGUCGUUGAUGACAGGUUACCGACCAAAUAUGGUAGACUUGUCUUCUGUCAUUCCACCACUAAGGCGGAAUUCUGGAGCGCAUUGCUGGAGAAAGCGUAUGCAAAGUUGUACGGUGAUUACGAGACUCUGGGAUAUGGUCGCACUGCUGAUGCUCUUGUGGACUUUACUGGUGGUGUUGCCGAGAAACUCGUGCUGGCAAACUUCGCAUCAAACGACCCGACCUGUCAGCUUGACCUAUUUAACAAACUUAAAGAUGCGAUGGACGACAGAGCACUACUGAACUGUAAUUUCGAUUGUAGAAAAGAAGAAGUUGACAGAGCAUCGAACCAGGGUCUACUUCGAGGUCACGGUUACAAUAUUACUAAAGUCAUAGCCAUUAACUUAGAGAAUCAAAUAGGCCAAGCAGAAAUGUUUAUGAUCCGCCUUAGUAACCCAUGGGGCACUCAGAAAUGGUCCGGACCGUGGGCUGAAAAUUCAACGGAAUGGAAAUCAUUAAGCUAUGACGAAAGAUACAAAUUGGUCACCGAAAAUGAAAGAGAAUUUUGGAUGAGCCUAAAUGACGUCAUCAGCAAUUUUACCAGUCUUGAUAUAUUACACUUUGUGAACACCUCCAUCUUUUCUCCGAAGAAAACAUGGCACGAAAGCGUCUUCCACGGAGAAUGGAAUGCAGCUUCUGGAAGAAAUGGUGGAAGUGACUGGUAUUCCAGAACUUUCCAGAGUAAUCCGCAGUAUGUGUUUGAUAUAACGGCGGUGAAUGAUGAGAUUAUGGUAUCCGUGGAACAGCAUGAUAUCAACACAUUUAGAUUACAUCGUGGUAUUAAAUUCGAUGAGAUUGGAUUUCAAAUAAUGAAGGUGGAAGAAAACCGCAAAUACAGAAUUCAUAUCAAUGGAGACGGAUGUUCAAAUCUGAUUAUGUAAGGUCACGGAGUGUGUUUGGUUCC